CCGUUGGUUGUUUCGCUAACCCACUGCUACUGUCGGGCACAUAUCUCAAUAUCAUGAGGGCUACAAAGUACAAACUAAUCCCCGCAUCUCGGCGGCGGCCCGACCCGCAGCAAUUGACCCUCCUAUCACGGACGUAUAUCUCACCGUCUGCUUCUAUCGAGCAUAUAACCUCCCCCCCGAUGUGGCCAAGUCAUCUGUAGUGAAGCCUGGAAUAAACAACAAAUGCGCUGGGUGAGACUUCUUACCCAUUCGAAUCGCUUUGCAUUCUACAUAAAUACAUGUUUUGGGUAUAAUAACACUUUGAUAUCAGGGACCCAUGCUCCUUGCUCCAAACGCCCAGUUCCGUCACAUAUGUCAUUGAACUACAUGAUCCACAUGUAUCUUUGUGUUCCGUCAUCAACCAUCGCUGUGCUCGUAAUCAAGAUAUGCGGAUGUCCUCCCCAAAGUGCCGCCCGUCCGGUUCGUAUAGCAUGAGCGGCCCAUAACCACAA